GUUUUUCUACUCACAGCCGGAAAAGCAAGAGCAUGCGCACUGCAACACGUAACAUGACAUCCGGGAACACAUCUAUUGUAGCAAGACUUGGGACAUGUGAAUAAGAAUGCAAAAAGAGUUGGCUGACUUGUAUAAUGAUAUUUUUGAGCGCGAAGACAGAUUAGUAGAGCUUUGCUUAAAGAUAAAGAAACUACAGAAACGUCACAAAUUUGUGGAGAAUAAAAAAGCGUAUUGUAUUUUAGAAGAACAAAGUAAAACAGACUAUGAAACAAAACUGAAGAAGAUUCUGGAACUUAGAAAAGACCUGCUGCUAAAAGUUAUCUGUUCUGGGAUUGCCCUUCAAGAUCGUGAAAGGGAACUCUUAGCCAUUGAACAAAAGCACGCUAAGCUCUGGUCCCUCACGUUUGAUGAUGACCCAGAAGACAAGCUGGAGGAAUGGAAACGAGACCUGCGCAAAGCGCAUUCACAGGGUGACGUCAACAAAAUAGUACCCAGGAAUAGAUAUAUGUCAGUCUUCCGCGCUAAUUAUUCAAAGGGUGACAGAGAAGAAACAGCCAAUCAAAUGUUGUUACCGUGAAAUAGUCACAUGGUUUCAACGUCAAUGUUCAUAUAAAACUCGAUAAAUAGAUAAGACGAGCGGCUGUCAGUCAAUGAUAAACAUUUUAGGAACAAUAUACUGUAAUAAAUGUAGGAAAAA